GCUGCCAAGACCGUCAGAAUGUCGCUCAAUCCAAAGGCAAUGGCGUUCAACCCGAAUGCACCGGCCUUUGUGCCCAGCUUUGCAGCCGCGCCUGCCCCCGCUCCCGCUGCUGCCCCUGCUCCUGUUGCUGCUGCCCCUGCCUCUGCUCCUGCUCCUGCUCCUGCUCCGGCUCCGGCUCCAGCUGCAGCACCAGUCGCACCAAAGCCUGUUGCUGCCGCUGCCCCUGCCCCUGCCCCGGCACAGGCUGCCUCACCCAAGCCUGCCGCUAGCCCCGCGCCUGCUGCGCUCGAUGAGGAUGAAAGCAGUGGCGGAUCGUCGCCCGCGCCUGUUGCAGUUGUCGAGGAGGACGACCCCCGCGAGCACCUCAACAUUAUCUUCAUUGGCCACGUUGAUGCCGGCAAGUCCACCAUCGGCGGUCACAUCAUGUUCUUGACAGGCAUGGUUGACAAGCGCACCCUCGAAAAGUACGAGCGCGAGGCCAAGGACCAAGGCAUGGGCUCCUGGUACCUCUCGUGGGCACUCGACACCAACCCCGACGAGCGUGAGAAGGGCAAGACGGUCGAGGUCGGCCGCGCCACGUUUGGCACGAGCAAGAAGCGCUUCACCAUUCUCGAUGCCCCCGGUCACAAGAGCUACGUCCCCAACAUGAUUGGCGGUGCCGCUCAGGCUGACGUCGCCGUGCUCGUCAUCUCUGCGCGCAAGGGCGAGUUUGAGACUGGCUUUGAGCGCGGUGGUCAAACUCGUGAGCACGCCAUGCUCGUCAAGACUGCCGGUGUCAAGCAUCUCGUUGUCGUCAUCAACAAGAUGGACGACCCGACCGUCGGCUGGGCGCAAGAGCGCUACGACGAGUGCGUCAGCAAGCUCACCCCAUACCUCAAGCAGUGCGGCUACAACACUGCCAAAGACGUUACUUUCAUGCCUGUCUCGGGCCAAGCUGGUCUUAACCUCAAGGAACCCCUCACAAAGGCUGUUUGCCCGUGGUUUAGCGGCCCCUCUCUCCUGACCUUCCUUGACGACCUGCCGACGAUUGUUCGUGUCUCUACUGGCCCGCUGCGCCUCCCGAUCAGUGACAAGUUCAAGGACAUGGGCGUGGUCGUCAUGGGCAAGAUUGAGUCCGGCAGCAUUACCCGAGGCGAAAAGCUCAUGAUCAUGCCAAACAAGACUGUCGUUGAAGUCAUCGGGAUCUCGCAAGAUGAGAAGGAUGUUUCUCACGCCUCGUCUGGCGAGAACGUCAAGGUCAAGCUGCAAGGCUGCGAAGAGAAGGAUGCCAUGCAAGGAUUUAUUCUGUGCCGCGCCGACGAUCCCGUGCACGCAUGCCAAACAUUCGAUGCUCAGAUUGCGCUGCUCGAGUACAAGUCAAUUAUCUGCGCCGGCUUCUCCGCCGUGUUGCACGUGCACACCGCUGUCGAGGAAGUGACCAUUAUUGAUUUCAUUGCCAACGUCGACAAGAAGACUGGCAAGCCCAUCAAGACCAAGCCAAGGUUUAUCAAGCAAGGCAUGGUUGUUAUUGCUCGUUUCCAGACCACCGGAUCGGUGUGCAUGGAGACCUUCAAGUCGGUCCCCCAGCUCGGCCGCUUCACCCUUCGCGAUGAAAACAAGUCGAUCGCCAUCGGCAAGAUCCUCAAGCUCAACCCCUGCCCACCGCAGGAGCUCAAGGCCAGCAGCUCCAACCCCGCCGACCUUCUGGCUGCCAUCGCUACCGACGCCAGCUCAGACGAAUAAGCACCGCGUUAGCAACACAUGUUACUCUAGUUUGUUGUUGCGAAUCCCAGUCAAUGGUUUGUGUGGGGCCCCUUUCACAUUUGCUUUCUCUGUUUGAUUUUUUUUUUCUUCUUCUUUCCGUCGUGCAUGUCAGUUGGGUUUUUUUUUUCUCCCCAGGUCGUCAUUGUCGACCAUUGCUUCUUUUCCAUUGAUUGAUUGAUUGAGUCUUGUCUCUUUGUUUCUUUGCAAGAUUUACCACGGCUUCGCUCCAAUGUGCUUUCACAAGCCACAAACACAAAAUACAAACACUUUGAAAAAACGAAA